AGCAUCGACGAGUUCAUCAAUAAGCUCAAGCGCGGCCACCUCCAAGGGUCGAAAAAAAUCGCACUAGAAACUGCCAACCUCAUGCGUCAACUUGUAUCCAACAGCCGCUGGGACGACGCAACAACGCUUACGCAACUUCUAAUUACCGUCGGACGGCGGCUCAUUAAGGCGCAGCCGCGUGAGCUGCUGAUUAUGAAUAUAGUCUGUCGCGUUAUCCAUAUUGUCAACGAGUUUAGCGCUAGUGUGUCGAGGGGGUCGAUGACGCCGGCGAUGGGGCUGGGUGUUGGGGCGGGUGUCGGUGGAGGCAAUGGCAGUGGGGCGCGCAGCGGGUUUGUCGACCAGGUGGCUGGGGCGCUGGCCAGGCAGCAGCACGAGUCGCAGGGGGCGUUCCGGCUGAAGCAGGAGAUCAUCGGCGAAAUCAACGAGUACAUCAUUGAGCUGGAGAGCUGUGAGGAGGACAUUGCCAAGAACGCGCUGCAGCACAUCCACUCCAACGAGGUGAUUCUGAUCUGCGGCCGGUCGCGCACCGUCGAGGAGUUUUUGCUGGCUGCCGCGCGGAAACGCAAGUUCCACGUGAUCGUCACCGAAUGCGCGCCAGCGUACGACGGCCACGAGCAGGCGAAGGCGCUGGAGAGCCCGAACAUCGAGGUCGUGGUGAUCCCAGACGCCGCUGUGUUUGCGAUUAUGGCGCGCGUCAAUAAGGUUAUCUUGGGCACGCACGCGGUGCUGGCCAACGGCGGACUGGUGGCUGUUAGUGGCGCGCAUAUGGUGGCGGCGGCCGCGAGGCACCAUUCGGCCCAGGUUGUGGUGUGCGCUGGGCUGUACAAGCAUGCGCCCGCGUUCCCAUUCGACGACGACCGCUUCAAUACGCUGGUGUCCCCGGAUGCUGUGCUGCCGUAUGGGGAUGGUGACCUGGUCGAUGCCGUCGACGCUGUGAGCCCGUGCUACGACUAUGUGCCGCCGGAUCUGGUCGACAUCCUGGUCGAUUCGGAGGGCGGCCACCUGACGUCGUACCUGUACACCUGCUGCAGGAGAACU